AUGAUGGUCGAACCGUCUUUUAUUCCAUUUUGUAUUGUCUUGUCUACUUGUCUUGAUUCCAUCGUUUGUUUACGUUCAAACAAGAAGAAACAUCUAAAAUUCUUUUAAGUUGAAUUUUCAGAUUAGACUUAGUCCUAAUUUACUGUUACUUGAUACAAUAUUUAUGUAGAUACCGGUAUAUAAAUAGACAAAUUUUCUCACAUUCGUUAACUGUCAGCUCUUCAUUCAAAACUUUUGAAAAAUUAAGCCUAUUCUAGACCUAUUGUGCGUCUAAUUACAUGCUGUGAGGUCGAGAUUAUAAAGAUACGGAAGUCUACCCACAGGCUACCUAAUGCAAAUCCCAAGAUUGAAAGAGAAGAAUUAACGAUGUUGUGACAAGACACGACUGAAAUUGCCUAUAAAUUUGAGAAUCUGUUUCAAACUAUCUCUUUUCAAUAACUUAACCAAACUGGAGGUUAACCGUACCAUACUUUAUUAACUGGAGAUGACUGGAGAAACAAGGACUGAAUUUAAAUUAAAAUCCCCUCCGGAUGACGGAAUUUCUUCUGUAAAAUUUGGACCGAACUCAUCACAAUUUCUGCUGGUUUCAUCGUGGGAUUGCACAGUAUCAUUAUAUGAUAUCCAGACAAACAACUUGAGAAUUAAAUAUUCUCAUGACAGACCUGUGCUUGAUGUCUGUUUCCAGGAUGCUGUUCACAGCUUCAGUGGAGGUCUUGAUAAUACGCUUAAAAUGUAUGAUUUCAAUAGCAAUUCAGAAAGUGUACUGGGAACACAUGACAGUGCAAUCAGAGCUGUGGAGUACUCCAGUGAAGUGAACGGAAUUUUGACUGGGAGUUGGGAUGCCACAGUUAAAAUGUGGGACCCCAGAGCCUCACGCUGUGUCGGGAACUACACACAGCCCGAUAAGGUUUACACCAUGAGUUUGUGUGGGGAAAAGUUUGUCGUCGGGACUGCAGGACGAAAGGUCUAUGUGUGGGAUCUCCGCAACAUGGGCUACAUACAGCAGCGACGAGAAUCCAGCCUCAAGUACCAAACACGCUGCAUUCGAUGCUUCCCCAACAAACAGGGAUAUGUGCUCAGCAGCAUAGAAGGAAGGGUUGCUGUAGAGUACUUGGACACUGGAGCUGAAAUGCAGAAGAAGAAGUACGCUUUCAAGUGCCACAGGCUCAAAGAAGGAGGAAUAGAGAAAAUAUAUCCUGUAAAUGCUAUCAGUUUUCACCAAGGCUACAAUACAUUCGCAACAGGAGGCUCUGAUGGUUAUGUGAAUAUAUGGGAUGGCCAGAACAAGAAACGUCUGUGCCAGUUCCAUAGAUACAACACAUCCAUAGCGUCCUUGUCCUUCAGCCAUGAUGGUUCAGUCCUGGCCAUCGCUUGCUCCUACAUGUACGAAGAAGAUCCUCUGCCUGACCCUAUGCCAGAGAAUAAUGUCUUCAUUCGCUAUGUCACAGAUCAAGAAACUAAACCUAAAUGAUACCAAGUACUGUCUUGAAUGUAUUUUUUUGUGUUUAGGAUAUUUCUUGUCUCAACUUUAUUUACUUUUUGUAUUGAAGUAGUUAGCAGUUCUUUGUAAUUAUAAUCUUUAUCAACUUUUA